GCGCUGCCUUUCGCUCUGACCCCGAGCGGCCGCCGUAGCUGCGGCUCUUUGGCGCUGACGCGGAGCCGAGUUUGAAAUACCGAAGCCCCGAAAAGACGAAAAAGCGAGCGGCCGGAGGGAGAGCGUCCACCGUCCGUGAGGGAGAGGGGGAGAGUGGCAGAGGGAGAGAGGACGGCUUUGGUCUGGAAACAACGACCCCCCCCUCCUCCUCCUCCUCCCCACUGGGCGCUUUGUUCCCGGUUCUGAGGGUCAGUGAAAAGUUGCCAAAAGGUGCUGCGGCAAAUUUCGUAACCGGAGGACUUUAUUGAGAAGUUAAGAAGAAAAUCUUCAAGGAUAUUUGAACCACUGAAGAUGCCACAUAGAUGCUCAAGGCAAGGAAAAGAAGAUGGCACAGUAAAGAAUUGUUUCAUUUCUGGCAAGAUAUUUUACCUGGAUCUUCCAAAUAAUAAGAACACAAAAUUCCUGGAGGAUGCGGUGAAGAAAAGGGGAGGGACAAUAGAAAGUUUUCUCAGUAAAGAAGUGAGUUACGUGAUUUCCAACAGCAAGGAGGCAAAGCUUGGAAGUAAAUCAGUCAAUUUGGCACCUGUUCCAAACAGGGAAUACUUGAAAAACAACCAAGCUGGUACCCCUCAGUCUGUCAAUCCGAGAGAUGGCCAGAUGAUGCAGAUCAGCAGGGGAAAGCGACUACUUGAAACAGUGAUCAGGAACAAUGAAUGUAGUGGUGGUAACAGUAUUUUGGCCAAUGCGCGUUCCUGGGGAGUGAAAAUCCUACAUCUUGAUGAUCUACUGGCAUAUUUUGAAAAAAGGGGUGUUAAAUUACUAAAUGCCAAUAGAAAAACUGAGGGAAAUGGUCAUUCACCUAAAUCCAUCUGCAAGAAUACAAAAGUGGGAAAACUAAAACAACCUUUUCUUAAAAUCGAAGAUUCUAGUCGACACUUUAGACCCCUCUACCAGCAAUAUAUCAGCUAUCCAGAACUGAACUACAAAUCUCGAAGAGGAUUUAGUGCAUUUGAUCCUCUGAAGAAAUCUAAGAAUGAACAUCAGGAGCAAGAAAAGAGCAAAAUUAGGGACUGUAGAAUGACCAACAGUGAAGGAGAUGUAGAAACCAUCACAAAACCGGCAGCAGCACAAAUAGAAAAAAAACGACAGCGAUUCUGUGAAUGUUGCCAUGUGACGUUCUAUGACCUUGUUGAGCAUCUUAUCUCUAAACAGCAUCAAGACUUUGCCAGUGAUCCUUCUCAUUUCACAGCCCUUGAUGAUAUUGUGGCACAAUUAGAAAAUGAAUUUGUAGAGUACCAAAGCGAUGGAUGCACCGAACGAUCCAUGAAGUCUACUUCAAGUUCUGGAAUUUCACUAUCCAAAAUGUACAUGGAAUCGUUGCAGGCUGUUAAUGACCUUGUCCUUGAAGGAAAAAAACUUUCAUUUGAGUCUCUAGCUGCAAGCCAACAGAUAAAUUUCUCUGUGGAUAAUCUGGAAAGAAUUGAUGGGAAUGGUCAGAAUUCAAAGGUGCAUCACAUGAAAGCUGACAAAACAAAGGGUGAGCUCACCCAAGGAAGAUUGGAACUUAAUGGACACAGAUCCUGUCCCCUGCAGCAGGAUCAUGAACUGGCAUCUUUGAGCUCUUUGAAUCAAAUAGCUGUAUAUUCUAAACAGUUAGUGGUGAAAUCCCCAAAUUGUAGUUCAUUAGAUUUCAACACAGGAAUACCAACAGAGAGAGCAGUCAGCUACACGCCCAAUGAACAAAUGGAUGCUGGAGAUGCUUUGGUGCAAAAAGUUUCAUAUUGUGCCGGCGAGGAAAUCUCAGAAAGCUGCCAUCGAGAUGAACAGAGGCAUAUGAAAUCUGAAGAAAUUCCAUGUUCUGUUGAGGCCAUUCCUGAGUCGUGGGAGGUUGAUUGUGAUAUAGUUACUACAGAUAACAACUGUAGUUUCAAAAAACGCAAACACUCUGACGACACCAGUUCACCAAUCAAGAGGAGCCCAAGAUGCAGAUUAGAUGAUUUGACUGGCGUAUGCAAUUGUUUCUCUUUCAGCAAAAAUAUCAAUUGUUACUUCAAUGAACAUAUUUUCCAACCACAUGCUGAACUGCUUUAUUUAUCUGAUCUGGAUAAAAUCUUUACUUCUCAUACUUGUGUUGAGCAAACAAUGUUUCCUUCUGCAUGUUCUAAGAACAUCUCCAUGGGCGAGCAUUUUGAUUUGUCUGCCAAGCUUAACUUACACAGACCUUUGACUAGUAAAGAAAGCCUAUCAGACUAUCAAAGCAGCAGGGCCAAAAAUGAAUGUGAAAACUUGGGGAAGUCGCAAAGAGUUGUUUGGGCUUGUGAAGAGAAACCAAGCAAAUGCUACCACUUACCAAACACUACCUCUACAGUUAGUCAGGAGGUAAAAGAAGAAAUUUGGCUUAAUCAACCCAGGGAAACUCAUGACAAAGAGCAAAAGGCAAUUCCUUUAAGCAGUGCAACAUUUCAGGCUGACAGAGAAUUGCUGCCAGCUCUUCAGAAUACAGAAAGUUUAGCAUCUCAAAACAACCAAGUUGGCCUUAGUGAUGAAACUGCGCUUAAGGCUGAAGCUGAAAUUCAAAUAAUAAAUGAGAAAAUUGCACACUCAAAUGUAGCGGGAAAUACUAUAAUGCAUCUGUUUUCUUCCUUUGAAACCAACACACACAAAACUUUAGGAUCUGAUACUUUCUCAAGUACACAAACUAAUUUUCAAGUGGAUGAAAGUAGAUGUGAAAAUUCUGUCAACCAAACUAACCUUUGUCAUUCCUCCUUUAAAAGUAACAUAUUUCACACAGAUACAUUUUCAUCAGAAUCUGAAUGGGAUAUUCAGUUGUCUUCAAAACUUGGCAAUAUACAAGCCAAUGCCAAAGACCAAUCUGUUGACUUGGAACUCUUGAGAAAGACUUGUGUUAAUGUGAAAGAUGCAAAGUAUGAGACUCAAUUAUACUCUGUAUUAAAGGACAAAGCUGAAGUAGACAGGAUCAACAAAGUAGAGAAAGAUCUAGCAAGCUGUCAAGCUAAAACAAAUACACCACGGUAUUUAACACUUGUACCCUAUCUGGACAGUUGCACUAAUUAAUAAUACUGUGCCAAAGUUACUUCAUAAGAUUCUAUUAACUCUUUCAUCAUACUUUAUAAAUUGUAAAUGAUUUUACUUUUGAGAGCUAAUGGGUUCCGAAACCACAUUACAACACUGGAAUGUUGCGAGUCCUAGAUUAAUACAUUAGUUCUGAUUGAGUUUCUGCUCCAAUUUCACCCUGGGUUAAUAAAUGGAGUACAGUAGAUUAAGUAGUGUAUGUUACUCCACAAUUAGCUGUGGUAUGUCUUACUUUCUUAAGAGGGAGGGCUUUUACCCCACCUUUAUGCAAUCUCCCUUUUCCCUUCCCAACUACUAUGAUUUUCAUUCGCCUACACAGUAAGAACAAAAUAAAAUCUAAAUAUUCUUAAGAAACCAGCAUCUAUAUUAGCUGUACAAUGGUAUAUCCAGUUCAUUGCAAUUUUCCAUCAAGUGAAAGAAUGCUUUGUGCCCACAGUUCUGUAUAUAAUCAGUAGAAAAGCUAAGUUCUCCUCCCCACCCGCAAAGGAAAUGUUGACCCUUCUUUACCUUUAGUUCUUGUCCAGAUCCUAACAAAACUUUUAGGUGGGAUUGGUAUAAGUCCAGGAGCAGGUUGUGGGCUUAUUGUCUGUCUGAGAAUAAUAUGGCAGAAGUUAACAUCAUAUGUGCUCAGCAUUAUCUACAAAAGUGCUCUUUCUCCUCAGUAGCUCAUGAGCAUAAGCAAUCACCCUUGGGAGAGUGUGUUAAAUAUGUUAAUUAGUGAGAUGAUGUUGGCAGCUUUUUGAAGCAACAGUAUAAGGUAUUCUGCACAGCAAAUGAACCCACCCAGUUGUAUUUUAUAUGAGUGAAAUGGCUUAUUGUGACUGCUAGCAGUCUUGUUCUUUAUUGUUGUUGAGCCAGUUCUACAAAUGCUAUUCUAAAAUCAUUAGCAUUUACUAGUUAUAGGUAUUCUAAAAAGUGACCAUCCUGCAGCAUUCUAUCCAUUUUCUAUAUUGAAGAACAAUCUAAGGAAGGGAUGUGUGUUAAAUUUGCGUUUGCUAAUUCCAUUUACUAAACACAUAUUACAGUGCAAGUAUAUGUUAGGCAAGAUUAGGCACAACCCCACUUAAUUUAUGAACAAGAAAGAGGCAUAAGUAUUUCAGUUAUUACUUUGUCAUUCUGAAAAAAAUCGGUAUCUGUUUGGGAGAUGCUGGAUAUUUCAUAUAUUGUGCCCCAUAAACCUUGUGUUUUGGUUCUCCACUCAGCCAGAUGUCAUUUAGCCAACUAUGAUAUGAAUGAACAUCUCCAUCGACCAAGUGCAUGUUAAAUUCUUUGCCUUACUGUUGGCUCUCUUGACUCAGACACUGCCUAAUCGCUAUGUCUGUUAGGAACGGAUGGGAGUUUGUGCUAUUUCCAUUUGUGUAAAGGAGAUCAGAUGUGGUGAGGAGUUCUAUCGGGACUGAUUUGUAGAAUUUGUUUUAUUAAAAGUGUUCAUUCUCUUCCUAUUCCUCAACCAAAAACACACAAGUACACUUAUUAUACAGUUUACAUCUGGCAUGUAAACUCUUAUGAACUCUUAGCACUCACAUUCAAUUAGAUAUCUAGUUUAGUCUAAGUCUAUUAGGUUAAAAGAUGUUAGCAUGUUUCAGCAAUUAAUUUGAAACCUUUGAUCUCUAGUAAACCUAAAGGAGCAAUAGCAGUAAAUCUGUUGUUAUAGCUCUAUCUCCAAAAUUCUGUCAAUUAAAUAUUUUUGUUUAAAGUAGCACUUGCUGCUUUUCUGAUGUUGGCAUUUUGAAUGUGAGCAAGGUAAACAGAUUGCAUUUGCAGUUCCUGAUCUUAAUUAUCCAGGCUAUGUGGUAUAGAGAGAGAUACAAAAAUAUGCUGGAUUAGAUUGCGUGCACUGAGUAAACCAAUCUUCAAAAAAUAAUUUUGAUGCAUUAUCCUCAUCUUUCAGAUUUUUUAAAUGUUUUUUUUUGUUGGUAUUACUUAAAAAUUGUUCAAACUUGACAUUGCAUUAAUACCAGCCUCAACGUCUCAAGUGUUUUCGGUAUUGGAAAACUCAAAAUUUUAAAGUAAUUUAGUGAACAAGUUCUGUAUUUGAUGUCAUUUUUUUGACCUAGAGUACAAAAUUGCUUCCUUGAUUUUAAUCCUCUUUUACAUAAAGUAAAGAGCUAUUACUGUCAAACAUGAGCUCUUGAAAUCUGUACAAAUGUAUAGUUUUAAUCAUGAAAUGUACACUGACUAAUAAUGUUGUGGAAAAUCAUUGAAAUAAAUGUUGAAAUACA